CUUUUUUUUGGUGUCACACGUAUGUUUGACAGCAUACGGCCAAACCUAAAAUCUUCUUCACUUCUCUUCACUUCCAGCUUCGACCCACACAAGAGGACCACAGUCACUCGCUACCGUAAACCACCGUAACGACAUGGAACUCCACCGCCUGCACCACCCACUGUCCACCACCCUUUUGUGAGUUCUCCACUUUCUUCUUCUUAUUCUUUACUUUUUGAACCCCACUCUUUGAAAAUCUUGAAUUUUUACUCAAACAAUGUCCAAUAAUAACAACCCACCCAAUUUCUCAAACCCUCAAAACAAUCACCGUCCCCAAAUGGGUCAUCCUGGAAAUUAUCAAAAUCAAAACUUUAUGCAACAACAACAACCACCCCCUUUCAUGCCUCAUGUUGGUGCCGGAUUUGUUCCUCAAAAUAAUGCUACUUUUAAUCCAAUGUUUCCUGUUCAUGGACAAGGAGGACCUCAAAUUACGCAUAAUGCUCAAAUUUUAGCUCAAAAUAUUCUCAAUUUGCUUCAACAACCUAAUAUGAAUAUGCCAAACAUGAAUGUUCCAAAUGCUCAAUUUUGUGCACCUGGACCAUAUCCAAUGCAGAAUAUGAUGAACCAACAGUUACCUCCUAUGCAAAUGCAGAGACAAAACCCUACUCAACAACCUUAUGGUAUGCAACCUGUUCAACAACCUAUGUUUGGGUUUCCUAACCAAGUUCCUCAUGCUAUGGUUCCUCAAAAUCCUAUGUUUAAUGGGAAUCCUCAGUUUGGUAUGGUGCCUGGAAAUCAAAUUAGGCCACAGAUUGACCUGAAUGAGAAGAAUCGGGUUCCUGCGGGAAAUGGGAAUGCAAAUGGUUUUGUACCAGGAGGGCCUUUUCCACCUCAGCAGUUACAAGGAAACAACGGUCCUGUGCCACAUAAUGCAAAUAAUGCUCAAGGUUCUGCAUUUAGGAAUUCACAUCCUCAGGUAAAUCCUAAUAGCAAUAUGAAUACGAAUUUUGCAAACUCUAACUGGAAAGGAUCACCAAACAAAAACUUCAAAAAUAAACAAAAUAGAGGGGGAUCUCAAGGAGGGUUCCAGAAGUCUAAAUUCAAUGAUACCAACAAAGGAAAGAGGUUUUCAAAAGAACAUAAGGGAAAAGGUCCCAACAAUGAGAGAGCUGGACAUUUUGGUUUGAAUUCUAAGCAGGAACCGAAAAGAUCCUUUUCUCUGACUUAUUCUGAGCAAGAAAUUCAACAAUGGCGUGAAGCACGGAGGAAGAAUCAUCCUUCCAGAGAAAAAAUUGAGAAGCAGCAGAGUGAACAAUCAAAAGACUCCAAGGUCAUUGAUAGAGAGCUCUUACAACGAGAGCUCAAGGAGGUUUUAGCAAAGCAAGCUGAGUUGGGAAUUGAAGUUGCUGAAAUACCUUCAUACUACCUGAUGAAUGGUACAAAUCAAGGCCUUCAGAGUGAAGAUAAGAAAAACUCAUUUACCGACAAAAGAAAAUUCAAAAACAAGUUAAUGAGGAAUCCAGACAGAAGAAGUCGGAAUAACAAGAAGCAGAAGUUUGCUGACAGAGAUUUACUAGAAAACAAGAAGAAACCAACUCUAUUACAGAAACUCUUGAGUGCAGAUAUAAAGAGAGAUAAAAGCCACCUGUUUCAGGUUUUCAGGUUCAUUACGGCUAAUUCAUUCUUCAAAGAUUAUCCCGAUAAGCCACUGGUAUAUCCACCAGUUUCGGUCAAAGAAAUGGGAUCUGAAGUUUAUGGUGGAAAAAAACAUUUGCAGGGGGGAGAAGCUGUUCUUGAACAUGGGACUAAGGAAAUAGUGCAAAAAUUUGUAAAAGGUAGUGAUAAUGGUCAUGAUAAUGAAGAUGAAGAAAGUGAUGAGGGUGAUAAUGAAGAUGGAAUCAAUGAGUUUGAUGAAGAGGAGGGGGAAAUUAUAGAGUAAAACUUGAAGUUUGCUCAUUUUUGUUGUUGUUUCAACAAAGCUUUUGAGUAGUAAAGAUUGUAAUGUUUUGUCUUAAACCAUUUUUGUUUCCAUCAUUGUUUUAACAUUAUACAUGUGUUAUUACAGUGUAGAGGGGCAUUAUGGUUCACUGAAGUUAUUGGGAAUUUUAUAUUAUCGUACAAUUAGAUAUAUAGUUCAGUAGAA